AUGCUGGAAUUCAAAACUUUUUUAUAUGCCAAUCUGGGUCUAACGCAUACAGUGGCGCUAGAUGGAUUGUGUAGGGCAGCACUAUUGAAGCGUAAAGGCAAAGGGAAAAAGAUUGACGUGCAACCACACGAGUUUGCUCGUAUGUUGUCAGUCCUCCUCAGGGGGAAUUUCCUGGAGCGCGCCAUGCUUGCCUUUACUAUAAUGGAUAUUGACGGAGAUGACUACCUCCGGGCCAACGUUGAGUUCGCCGUCCUUCUACAAAACAGCUUCGACUACCGUAUUGCAGCCUCCAAUUAUGACGUGGAUCCUAAUGAACCCUAUCGGGAUGCAAUUCAAUAUUUAGUUAAGAAAACCGGGGCGUUGAUUGACCAAGCCCUCUCAGUCACUGCCUUCAUCGAGGUCUGUUCCAAGGAACCCUGGCUUGUAGAGGCCUUACUGCCCUGGUUGCCUUGCGAUCUAGAUAACUCCGCAUUUCAAUGCCUCUUUUCACGAAAUGUCCAACUGCCCAGUCUUGAAGUGCCACCUAGAUUUUCGAAAAUUGAUCUGCGCAAAAUGGUCUUCCGUUCUAGGCUGCGGAAGUUGACUUCAGGCUACUUUUAG